AGUGAGCUCGCGCUUCUCUGUGGCAGCAGCUGAGGCUCGCGGACCAAAACAACUCUUCCUCCUCCUCAUCCUCUCCUACUGUCGGACCAUGGACCGGAGUCAAACUUCAGAUCACCUGUUGGUCGCUCUGAGAUCAUGAACUCCACCCACCUGUCCACAGUUGAUGGCACUGAUAGGCUGUGUGUUUCUGAGCGCGCUCAGUGCAUCCCUUCUCCGGUCCUGCACCUGCGUCAGCUACCUGUUGACAUCUCUGAACAGGAAGUGGUCGCCCUGGCACUUCCCUUUGGCAGAGUCUCCAAACUGAUCACACUGAGGACCAAGAAUCAGGCCUUUUUAGAGAUGGCGUCAGAGGAAGCAGCCGUUACCAUGGUGAACUACUACGCCUCAGCCCCGCCCACCAUCAGGAACCAGACGGUCUUCAUUCAGUACUCCAACCACCGAGAGCUGAAAACGGACAAUCUGACCAAUCAGAGGGCGCUGCAGGCCAUCAACACAGCAGCAGUGCAUUCUGGGAACAUGACUUCAGCCGAUGGGCGGGGCUUAGUUCCAGCUCCCAGCGCGGUUCUGAGGAUCAUCGUGGAGAACCUGUUCUACCCGGUGACCCUGGAGGUCCUGCAGCAGAUCUUCAGUAAGUUCGGCUCCGUGCUGAAGAUCAUCACCUUCACCAGGAACAACCAGUUCCAGGCGCUGCUGCAGUUCAGCGACGCCGUGCACGCUCAGCACGCCAAGGCCUCUCUGGACGGCCAGAACAUCUACAACGGCUGCUGCACGCUCAGGAUCGACUUCUCCAAACUGAGCGCGCUCAACGUCAAGUACAACAACGACAAGAGCCGCGACUUCACCAGAGCCGACCUGCCCACCGGAGAGCUGGAGCCCGCCGCCACCGCCUUCGGUGUAGCUCUGCCACCCUAUGGAGCAGCGGCGUUCCCACCCACAUUCCAUCAGCACACAGGUCUCCCCGUAGCAGCUGUCCCCGGCUCGCUGGUGUCUCCUCCUCGCAUGGCGCUGCAAGUGGCGCCCCCUGCAGUUCACUCGGUGCUGCUGGUGUCAAACCUGGACCCAGAGAGAGUUUCUCCUCACUGCCUCUUCAUCCUGUUUGGUGUUUACGGGGACGUUCAGAGAGUCAAGAUCCUGUUCAACAAGAAGGAAAACGCUCUAGUCCAGAUGAGCGACGCCACGCAGGCUCAGCUCGCCAUGAGCCACCUGAACGGGCAGCGUCUCCAUGGAAACGUGAUCCGGGUGACGCUGUCCAAACACCCGGUGGUGCAGCUGCCCCGCGGGGGGGCGGGGCAGGAGGAGCAGACGCUGACUCAGGACUUCGCAGGCUCCGCCCUCCACCGCUUCAAAAAGCCCGGAUCGAAGAACUUCAACAACAUCUUCCCUCCGUCAGCUACGCUGCACCUGUCCAACAUCCCCUCCUCGGUCAGCGAGGACUCUCUGAAGGACUUGUUCUCCGCCAGAGGGUUCUCCGUCAAGGCCUUCAAGUUCUUCCAGAAGGACAGGAAGAUGGCGCUGCUGCAGCUGGCGUCAGUGGAGGAGGCCAUCGAGGCUCUGAUCGCGCUGCACGACCACCAACUGGACCACAACCAGCACCUGCGGGUCUCCUUCUCCAAGUCCACCAUCUGAGCCCCGCCCCCCGCAGCUCAGUGGCCAAUCAGAGCGCAGGGCCUCCACAAGGCCCGCACUGAUGGCGACGGACCAUCGGACGGGCCACAUGUCGUCGAGCGGGGCUUGUUGCCACGGUUACAGAUGUUCCAGAGCACAUUCCUGAGCAGCAGCAGAGCAUUGUGGGUAAUGGAGUCCAGGGAGAUGGCUGAUGUGAGUCUGAGCUGUAAAUGUUAGAAGGGAUCAGGAAGAGCAGAAGCUGCCUUUCUUCAGAAGCGGCGUGAGUUUUUAGUUCUGAUCGAAGCGUCUCAAGCUGUUUAUGUUCCUGCUGAAACUUUUAAAACCGUUUUUAUUUCAAACUCCACCGCGUCCUGCUGCCGUCUGACCCGCUGGAUCCUCAUCAUUAUUAUUCCUGCUGUCCAUGUUGGGUCUCCUCCACUGACCGUCUGUUGUGCCUUAUUUUCCAGGUUUUUUUACAGUCUGUAGGGGGCGCUGUUUCCUGUCCUGGUGUGUUCCUGCUCUUUCUCCUGGGAGGGUUUUUUAAUGUCAGGUGUAUUUAUACUGUAUAACGUGUGAUUAGUAAUUAAGUUAAGCCCCGCCCACAUGUCUCAGUCUGUGUGUGUGUCUGUGUGUGUUGGGGGGGGGGCUACGUUUCAUCUGAAGAAUUGGUUUUUAAAGCGGCUCAGAUCGGAUCAGAACAUCGGUCGGGGGGUUAAACCCAGCCAAGCUUUUCGUGCCUUUAAAUUGGAGCGACUUGUUCGCUCAUCAUGACACCACCUCCCAUUUCCUGGUUCUGUUCAGGCCCGCUAAGUCCGGUCCGGACCUGCUUGCUCUGCAGCCAGAACCAGCAGGACUGUUCCUGCUGCGCGUGUCUCAGAGAAGCAGAACCCAACGUGGACCCAGCAGAAAUGUUCUGCGCCGGUAACCGGCACUCUGAGCAGAACCUGUCCAUUUGGACCAGAACCAGCUGGUUAGCUGAGGUCAGAGCAGGACGUGAAACAUUUAGCUUUCAGGACGCCUGCUGUCCAAACGGGUCGGAACCAGACGAGGGCCGAGGAACCAGCAGGUUCUGUCACUAACAGUCAGAAAGGUGAAGCUGCAGCAGGAGGAGCCGCUCAGGUCCAGACGGUAGCGGUACCAGGACCGGUUUUACCCAGAACCCCAUGUUGAGGUUGGCAGCGGCUGAGCUAAAAUCUGCUGGUCGUGUAAUUUCUGCUUUACAGCGAGAAUAAAAAGCUGCAGGAAAUAGAACCAAUUUAAAAUAAAAGUAUCCUGCCUUUAUUUAUGCAGCUGUUACUCUGAAUGUAUUUUAUUUUUUUAGCCUUUGUGCUCAAAUAAUCAGCUUAAUCAAAUCUGAAUGUGAUUAAAUCCUUUCUAAUUUAUUUCAGUUUAUUGUUCAUCAAAAGAUAUAGAAAUGAAAAAAGCAGCUCUUUCCAAAUCGUUUUUAUAAAAAUAAAGGACAUUUACAAAAUCAAAGGAAACAACUUUAAAUGAUUUUAGAUACGUUUCUUUUCUGGCUUCUCUGAUAUAUUUUAAUUAGUUUUAAUCAAAUUAAUUCUGGCUUCAGCUCAUCAUCAAGAUGUUCAGAUUCAGUUUCCUGCUGCUGAGCUUUUAUUCUGAAACUCUCCUAUUUGUGAAUGUACCUGAUGAAUGUGACGUGUUGUGGGCGGGGCCAUGUUGCAUGCUGGGGGUGGGUGAGUGGGGGGGGUCUGUGCUUGACUCCAACACACAAAGUUUGUUGAAUCUUUAUUUAUUCUGGAAGUGUGACAGGAAGUUGGAGCAUGAAUAAAUAAAUAAACCAUA